AAGGGCAAAAUGGUCCUUGAAAAUUACUGACAAACGUUCAUGAUCCGUUCACAUCUUCAGUCUUCAUACUGAAUUAAUUAUCCACCGAUUCUUUUCUUUUCUUUGUUUUUGUAUUUUUUUAUUGGACGCUUCGGCGACACUGUGAGUGUGUUUUCUACCUUUCCCUGCAUGCUGCUGUACCGGUACCUGUUCUAGUUCUACCGAAAAUUUUGUUAAUUUUCCGUGACAUAAUUAGUAUAAUAUCCGACAAUGCCUACUGUGAUAGGUUUUGAAGGCAGUGCUAACAAGCUUGGUAUAGGAAUCGUCAAAGAUGGAGAAGUCUUAUCUAAUCCCAGACACACCUAUAUCACUCCACCUGGUGAAGGUUUCCAACCUCGAGAUACUGCCAGGCACCAUCAACAGCAUAUCAUGUCUAUUUUGAGAAGGGCUUUAGACGAAGCUAAACUAACCCCAAAGGAUAUUGAUUGUGUCUGUUAUACAAAAGGUCCAGGAAUGGCUGCUCCUCUGGUGUCUGUUGCUGUAGUAGCGAGGACGGUGGCUCAACUCUGGAAUGUACCUAUCAUUGGAGUCAAUCAUUGUAUAGGCCACAUUGAGAUGGGGAGACUGGUAACAGGUGCUCAGAAUCCUACAGUGUUGUAUGUCAGUGGUGGUAACACCCAAGUAAUAGCCUACUCACAACAUCGCUACAGAAUCUUUGGUGAAACUAUCGACAUAGCUGUCGGAAAUUGUCUUGAUAGAUUUGCAAGAAUAUUAAAGCUUUCUAAUGAUCCAAGCCCGGGGUAUAAUAUUGAACAGAUGGCCAAAAAGGGAAAGCAGUACAUAGAGCUUCCUUAUGUAGUGAAGGGCAUGGAUGUUUCCUUUUCUGGUUUACUCUCAUUCAUUGAGGAUGUGGCUCAUAAGAAAUUAAAAACAAAAGAAUGUACCCCAGAAGAUCUGUGUUUCUCAUUACAGGAAACCAUCUUUGCUAUGCUGGUUGAAAUCACAGAGAGAGCUAUGGCACACUGUGGCUCAUCUGAGGUACUCAUUGUAGGUGGUGUGGGAUGUAAUAUGAGACUACAGAAGAUGAUGGGAUUGAUGGCUGAAGAGAGAGGAGCAACACUGUGUGCUACUGAUGAUAGGUACUGUAUCGACAAUGGAGCCAUGAUAGCCCAGGCUGGGUUAGAGAUGUUUAAUUCUGGUAUAACCACUCCCUUAGAAGAAACAUGGUGUACCCAGAGGUAUCGAACAGAUGAGGUAGAGGUUGCUUGGAGAGAUUGAUAACCCAACUCACAGACAAUAAGUUCACCUUUAAUGGGAGGACCUGGCUAAAUAUCUUUACAUGAAGCAGAGAAAUGGCACCAGUCUUCUGAUUGGACUGAUGAUGGAGACUUCUCUGGCCUGGUACGGCAUUUAUGAUUGGUUGAUAUCACGGAAAUGGUACCAGUCUUUUGAUUGGCUGAUGAUGGAGACCUAUUCUGGCCUUGAAGGGAGUUUAUGACUGAUUGAUUGAUGAAGACCACAUGGCUGACCCACUGCUAUAAGCCAUUUUGAGUCGAUCGUCCAUCGCAUACUUUGACUGUUAAAUAUUAUGGCUAAGUUCCACCUAGCUUGGGGGAAAACGGCCGACAACAUGGGUGAUUCCGGAAGUGAGCAAAUGGCCAUCAGCCACACAUGUGCAGUGAGUGGAAACCACAUGUAUGUCAUAGGGUGAUGGUGCAGAUAUCAACAUGAAAACUUGUUCCUUGCUCAAAUCAUUUUGUUAAAAAAUAUAUUUUUUCAGAGUCUUCAGUAUAAUGCUGGGUUUCCGAACUUUAGUAGAGAAUAGUGCUCAUCCCCAGUAGGUAUCCUCAGGGUAUAUGUUUAUCUAUUCUAUAUUCACAGGGUAGCUAUCAGCAGGGAGUUCAACCUCAAGCACCUUUUAAACUAAGGUAAAAGACGGUAGAUGCAUCAAACAAUUAUUUCAUGAGAAAGUCUUUUAAAUCAAUGAAGGUUAAUUGUCAAAAUAUUAUCAAACAUCAAGAUCUGGUACAUUAAUGUAAACUUAUCUUUGUAAAAUCAAGAAAUCUUAGUUCAAAAUCGAAAAUUCUGAUGAUCACUAACACAGAAAAGCAUAUGUGGGACAGUGAAUUAAUAUUGAGCACUUUUAGAAAUGCACGUCGACAUAGACGACUGAUACGAGAUGACGUCCACUAUCAGAAUCGAGGACGUCGCCACAUCCAUUUUGCGGUUCUCCUAAAUCAUAGUGGACGUGUACGUGUGUGACGUCAUUUUAACCGUUCAAGCCCAGCAAGAAGAUCAACCUUUCCCUUUUAAAACACAGUUUUCAGUGACUUUUCACAAAAUUAAUGUAAGUUGUACGAUGCAUUAUGUUUAUCAUAUUUGAAAUUGCUUUCUGAUCUCCAAACUAUAUAUCGAUAUAUAUCCUAACUCGCGUAAAAGGAAUCAAAGCAAGUGUGCACAAGUUGCACCUUCGCAUCACCCGACCGGGUCGCCAGGCGAUGGUACGCCAGACUUCCGGGUCGGGCAGCGUGUCAUGACCCGCUGGUUAUCGCGCUGUUUCACGUGGACGUACAAGUCGAGUGAAAUCUAAAGUAUUCGCAUCUGUAGUGAACAAGGGCAUACGACGAUGUUGACUCGAAUGUUCAGACGACUGCUACGUUGUUCUCGUUCACUGCUCCUAAAAGUCUCUAUUGCUUCGAAGAAUACCUGACAUUUGAUGGAAUUCUGUGCUUAUUUUGCUAAUUUCUCAGCAAUAACGUGUUUUCUUCCAGAGUUAUUAGGCACAUAUUUUUUUAUUUACACCUACAAACACUUUGGCGAUAAUUUCAUUGGAUUCUGUUCAAACUCAUUUUGAGAUCGUUACCACAACUGGUAUUUAUCUUUAUAAGGGGAAUUCAUUCUUGGUCAUAAAAUUUCAUGUGACAGAGGAGAAAAUAAGUUCAACAGAAUGGUGAAAGAAAUCUGACAUGCAAUAAUAAUAAUAAUAAAGAUUAAUUUAUUGAGCGCAUAAUACACAUAACCUCUCUCUAAUGCGCUUUACACGUAUACAUACUGGUAUGUACUUGUGGAAUCUGAAUUAAGAGAGUUAUGGCUGCUUUAAAAUGGAGAUCCCUAAGAAUGAAUAAAUUCAAAAUUCGUUAGACCUAGGAUUAUAAUAGAUAUUUUGGUUCAGAAUAAUAUGAAGUUAAGGAUUGGGGCUUAUUAGUUUUAGAGGUUAGAUUUUACAUUUCGCUUAAUGUCCAGAUUCUCCAUUUGAGCAAUUGUCGCUGGAGCAAAUGUCAUGGAACCGGUAGAGACAACUUUUCCAUAGGCCAUGUACUUAAUUGUCUUGUGAUUUUCUCUCUAGUACCUUUCCACUGGGGCAGUCAUCAAAAUAUAACACGGGUAGUAUAUUGUUUUUAUGUCCUCAUGAAAAAAAAUGUGAUAAAUUAAUCUAUAUAACAGAUCUAUCUUUAAGUUAUCAGGAGAAAUAAAACGGGAUGAAGGGGAUGAUGAAUGAGCUGAAAAAUUCCAUGCAGACAUAAAAAUCACUCUAUAUGGCAGUAAAGUGAAAAUUCAGUGCUUAUCUUGACAUGGAACUAGUUUGGUUUAAACAUUUUGACACUUUUUAACAGUUUAUUUUGUUUUUUUAAUACCCCAAGAAUGUACCCCAUGCAUGUAUGUACAUGUAUUACAUGUAUGUAAUUUGAUGUAAAUAUUCUGUCAGUAUUACAUUAAUUGUAUGUGGGGUAAAGUCUAUUAUGGAAUAAAUUACUUUUAAACAUA